AAGGAAGAUGGAGAUCCCGGGGACCCACGGGGGUGGGGUGGGAGGGCUCCCCCUUCCCCUUGAGGUCGCGCCCGGCCGAGACUGGCCUCCGAGUCAAUAAAACCAUCUCCGACCUAAGGGGCUUGAUCGAUACGGUGAGCCUUUCCCCUCACUCCCCUCCCUUUCUCCCGCGGAGACGCCUUGUUGACGGAGAUGGGGCGAAGGCAGGCGGAUCGCUUCGUGGAGAGGCAGAAUAUCGUCCCUUUCCGGCUCCUCUAUAGCACGGACGGCGGCAGCGGAACUCCGCGCGACGCGCUCACCACCCGCAUCGGCAGCAGCUUCGGCAGCGAGCAGUCUACCCAUGUUACCCGAGCCAGCUUCCAGGUAGAUGCUUUUGGAUCAUCUUUCAUCCUGGAUAUGGAAUUAAAUCAUGAUCUGCUGUCUUCAGAAUACCUUGAGAGGCAUAUUGAGCAUGGUGGGAAGAUGGUGGAAGUGAAAGGUGGAGAACAUUGUUAUUACCAAGGUCACAUCCGAGGAAAUUCAGAGUCAUUUGUUGCUCUGUCAACGUGCCAUGGUCUUCACGGCAUGUUCUAUGAUGGGAAUCACACUUACCUUAUUGAGCCAGAAGAAAAUUGUACUUCCCAAGAGGAACUCCAUUUACACUCUGUCUACAAAUCCAGAUUAUUUGAAUUUCCUUUGGAUGAUCUUCCAUCUGAGUUCUGGCACAUGAAUGCCACAUCACAGAAGUUUGUUGUGAAACCAAGACACAAAAGAAGGAAAAGACAGGUCCAUCAGAGGCCACAAAAAGUUGAAGAGGAAACAAAAUAUGUUGAGCUGAUGAUUGUAAAUGAUCAUUUAAUGCUGAAAAAGCACCGAUUAUCGGUGGGGCACACAAACAGCUUUGCAAAAUCAGUAGUGAACAUGGCAGAUUUAAUUUAUAAAGAACAACUCAACACCAGGAUAGUCUUGGUUGCCAUGGAAACUUGGGGUACUGACAACAAGUUCACCAUCUCUGAGAACCCACUGGUGACUCUGCGUGAGUUUAUGAAAUAUAGGAGAGAUUUUAUCAAAGAGAAAAGUGAUGCAGUUCACCUUUUUUCGGGGAGUCAAUUUCAGAGCAGCCGUAGUGGUGCAGCCUACAUUGGGGGUGUCUGUUCAUUACUGAAAGGUGGAGGUGUGAAUGAGUUUGGGAAGGCAGAUUUAAUGUCAGUUACAUUGGCCCAGUCCUUAGCUCACAACCUUGGAAUCUUCUCAGACAAAAGAAAACUGCAGAGUGGUGAAUGCAAGUGUGAGGAUACAUGGUCUGGGUGCAUAAUGGGAGACACCGGCUAUUACCUUCCAACCAAGUUCUCCAAAUGUGAUGUUGAAGAAUAUCAUGAAUUUUUAAAUAAUGGAGGUGGGGCCUGCCUUUUCAAUAAGCCUUCCAAGCUCCUUGAUCCUCCAGAAUGUGGCAAUGGUUUUGUGGAAGCUGGAGAAGAGUGUGACUGUGGCACUUCAGCAGAAUGUUCUGCUGAAGGUGGAGAAUGCUGUAAUUCCUGCACUCUAACUGCUAACUCUCAGUGCAGUAAUGGGCUUUGCUGUAGAAAAUGUCAGCUUGAAGCCAAAGGAGUUAUAUGCAGAGAAGCUGUAAACGAUUGUGAUAUUCCUGAGAGUUGCACAGGAGACUCUAGUCAGUGUUCCCCAAAUCUGCACAAAAUGGAUGGUUAUUCUUGCGAUAAUGAAGAAGGUGUUUGUUUUGGAGGAAGAUGUAAAACAAGAGACAGACAGUGUAAAUACAUUUGGGGAGAAAAAGUGACAGCUGCUGAUAACUACUGCUAUCAGAAACUGAAUAUAGAAGGAACCGAAAAAGGUAACUGUGGCAGAAGUGGAGACACUUGGACACAGUGCACUACUGAGGACGCUCUUUGUGGGUAUCUUCUGUGCUCCAAUAUCGUGUCUAACAUCCCGCGACUUGGAGAGCUUGACGGCGACAUCACAUCAGUUUCUCUCCAGCAUUUAGACAAGUCCUAUACAUGCAGUGGUGCUCAUGUUAAGCUAGAAGAAGAUGCAGACCUUGGCUAUGUAGAAGAUGGAACAUCUUGUGGUGAUGGAAGGAUAUGCUGGGAACAUCGAUGUCUUUCUGUGGAUUCUUUUAAUUUCUCCUCCUGCCCAGGAAGUACAGAAGGAAAGAUUUGUUCAGGACAUGGAGUUUGCAGCCAUGAAAUGCUAUGUGUCUGUGACCAGUUUUGGACGGGUUCAGACUGCAAUAAGCAGCUCUUGGGACUGAACAUUCAAGAAAAUGAGAAUGUCACAGGUGUCAUUAGCACAAAUAUCAUUAUAGGCGCUAUUGCUGGUACAAUUUUAGUGUUGGCUCUAAUUUUGGGCAUAACUGCAUGGGGUUACAGAAACUAUCGAAGACAGAGACAAAUUCCUCAGGGAGAUUAUGUUAAAAAGCCUGCUGAGGCCGACUCCUUGUAUAGCGGCAUGGGUCCUGGAGUCAGCACAAAUUCUGCAUCUAGUUCUAAGAAGAGGUCUGCUUUUCUGUCGCAUUUUCAGAUUUCUACCUGUUCCAUCACACAUUAUUCCAUUAGUCAGAACCUUUCAUUGUUUUGCAGCAGGUCAAACGGAUUAUCUCAUUCAUGGAGUGAAAGAAUCCAAGAUGCAAAGAACCUUUCGGACAUCUGUCAGAAUGGGAGACCGAGGAGUAACUCAUGGCAAGGUAAUAUAGGAGGCAACCGAAAGAAAGUCAAAGGCAAAAGAUUUAGGCCGCGGUCUAAUUCAACUGAGUAUUUAAACCCAUGGUUCAAAAGAGAAUAUAAUGUAGCUAAGUGGGUAGAAGAUGUGAAUAAAAACACUGAAGGACCCUACUUUAGGACUCUUUCUCCUGCCAAGUCCCCAUCCUCUUCUACUGGCUCCAUUGCUUCCAGCCGAAAAUACCCAUACCCAAUGCCUCCACUUCCUGAUGAAGAAAAAAGGGCCAACAGAGUAAGUGCCAGGCUAUGGGAGACUUCCAUUUAGUUCCACUGUCUACCUGAGCUGACACCAGAACUGUUUACUUCACAUUUUUUACAAACUCAGCAUUACCAAGUUGCUGGACAUUCAUCUGCUAAGUGGACAGUUUCAUGGGGCAAGAGACCCUACUCACCAUGGAGCAAACAAGUUAUCCCAACGAAGGAAAAGUUGGUUUUAUGCAUCUGGCUAAAAUGUUGUCAACUACACAAAAGAACAAAUGGACUGUGCAAAAAAAAGAGAAAAAAGUAACCCUGGCUAGAUGGGCCUGAAUAUGAUAAAAUCAUUCCGCAUGAUGAAAAAUGAUAUGUCGAGAUUCAGAUAAAAUUGGAGUCCCAACUAUGGAUUUUUCUCUAGUCUGACAUAGUCCCAAAAAACUUCUUGAAAAAAAAUCAGGAUUUGGUAUGUAAACAUUUAAGCUGUAUGCAUGAGCCCCUCAGUUUGCCACUUUUCAUGUGUAAGGGAUUCGUCGUUAUACUGUAGAGUUAGCAUGCAGGAAUAAGAAAUGUUUUUUUCCACAAGUUGGAGCUGAAGAGGCAAAUGUUUUUGAUAUAAGCAUCCAAGAACAAAAAAGUGACUUGAAAACAACAACCACACAACUUUUGUGAUAAUAUUCUCAGUAAAAAUGCAUAUAUGUAUAAAUAUUGUAACAUAGCAAUGCUGAAAAUACAUUACAUAGUAUUGGAGGGGGGGUGUUGCUCUUUUGAUUUGAAUGGAACGUUACAGGAUAGACAGAGAAUGAAAGAGCUAAACUAAAUGCACAAUGUGGGAGAUUCUUGAAUAGGGUGGGGUUAUAGCUCUGUGGCAGAAUGGAAGCAUGGCAUGCCCCCCUCCCCUGCCAGUGUUCAGACUCCACGCAAGUUCUGUCUGAAACAUCAGGAGAGCUACCAUUGCUCAAAUCUGCAAAUAUUAAACCAGAUGGAAUCAAUGGUCUUCUGGGGUAUCAGCUACCUUCUUGCCAUCUUGAACAGGUUUGUUUGUUUGUUUGGUCCAUUUUUGAUGGGAGGAUUGUUUUGUUUUUGUUUAGUAGCAGCUGCACAAAGGGAGGGCUAUUCUGAGUUUGAAAGCAGUACUGUAUUAAGGAAAGGUUUUUCAAUGCUUUCUCCUCAUAUUGGUUUUUGCCUCCUUGCAACUGCGAAUCAGACAUGGAUCUAUAUUCUAAGCAAAGGUGCCAACUUGAAGGUCUCAUCCAGAAGUUAUGAACUUCAGUUCCCAGACCAUUGGACUAUGCUUACUAGUGCUUUUGAGAGUUGAAGUUCAGAAAUCUGGAGAGCCAGUGGUUGAGAACAUCAAGUCUGGACCAAUGAAGAAUAGAAAUUCGUGGUCAGAUUCCCCCCCUCCCCAUUGAAAUUGUUGGGAUUCAAACAGAAUACAUGAUUAACUUCAUAGCUGGAACCACAACAGGUAAUGUGACCAUAAGCCAAAUGGCAUAUUUGCUGUAUUUACUGAACCCACAAUUUUCUAAAAUACAGCUACGCCAGAACUCCCAUGUUUUUCUGACUUCACUUUUACCCUGUGUGCUGAUACAAUAUUGUGUACAUAGAACAGUAUUUGGCCAAGUAGGAGAAAUUGUUGGAAAGGUUGAGCGAAGCACUGGAGAUCAUGUGUGUCUGUGGCAUUUGAUAGGCAAAGUGGAACAAUGCACACUGCAGAUUGUGCAGCAGUAGCAUGAGUGCAAAUUGACAUGUUUGUGGGUUGAUAUGAUACAAUCCUUCACCUGACCCCAUUGGCCUUCAUACAGGGAAUUUCAUAAAGUUAACAUGAUAUUGCCAGUAUAAACAUUUUAUAUGGGAGGCAUUCCAACUUUGUAACCUUGGACAAAAUGUCCAAGGAUACGAAGAUUAUAUGUAAAAGAAAAGGUAGACUAAUCUUUUCAAAUCCAUUUGGGCUGCAAUCCUGUAGCCAUUCACCUGGAAGUAAGCCUCACUGAGACCUGGGUCUUCCUUUUGCGCAGACAUGUAUAGCAUUGUGCUGUACAUCACUAAGGCCUAAUCCCCAUUCAGUCCAGUGAAGUUUACUCCAGAGGCAAAGGAUCGUUCUGCACAUUUUAAAGUUAACAGUUAUAUUCUAAUUAAACAUUUCAAAAUGAUUGUAAGAUGAAAUGAUUCUUGUAACUUUAUUGUAACUAUAGUAAGGAGUUGUCUUUCCAUGCCUAUUAGGCAACAUUUUAUAUCCAGCACUUUGUAGUGGUAGGAUUUGCUGUGGAGGCACUCUUGAAGCAGAAGAUUGAGAGCCAUGUUUUAUUUUUAUAUAAAUUCCAGGAGAUUCAACUGUGGCAUUCCUUAGCAGAAGCUGGGAGGAACUCUACAGCCUUGCAAGGGGCCCCGUGGUAAAAGGGCAGAACCAUACAUCUAGUUUCAUGCUGGGCACUCCUUCAUGGGUCCUGAAAAUCUCCCAGUUAAAAGCAAUUUUAAAGCAUAUAGCAUUGUUCAGUCUUUUAACAAUAAUUGGAAGGGGAGGUAAUUUUUAUUUCUGAAUCAUCUACCUCUUUUGCCUAAUCUGUUUGCUUAGGUGUGUUACCAUGCACGGCCUCCCAUUUUGCAGCUGGACUUAUUUUAAGAAAUUCCACUUAUUUGAGCAUAUCAGUCGUAUGAAAAGUGAAGGUACUUGCUUAAGAAUGUCUAAGACUGUAAAAUAUGUAAGACUUUGAAAAUAUUAUAUUUAUAAGACUUUGCCAGUUAUAUUUAUACAGUGCUGGCUUUGUGGUCAUAAAUAUCACAAUAAGAGGCAUAAUGUUUUGGUAAGUCUAUUGAUUUGUAAACACAAGGAAAGGGAGAACCCACAUAGCAAAUUCGCACAUGAAAAAUAACUGAAAGAUUAUAGAAUAUAAAUAUAUAAACAAAUAUAUAUAUAUUUAGAAUUUUGCAGAUUUAUACUGUAAAAUGGGGAUUUGAGAGCUGAGUCAACAAAUCCUGUCAUUGGGCCUGGAGGAAUGUUGGUCAAAGUUGUAGUUUUCUUUCUGCAGGGUGAUCCUGGAAUAUCUUCUCCCCAAGAUGAGGAAAACAUAAAAUGGCUGACUUAAUGGUCAUUGUAGAAAAUCUUCUCAAAUUCUAGCUUUGAUGUUUCUCAUGUGCCUUUUUUGAAUCGUUUGAUUUGAUGUAAACCAUGUGUCAUUUAAAAUUGAAUGUGAUAUUUUCUUUGUCCUCCUUUCAUCUGUUGUUUUUAGAUUAUUAAGAAUAAAAAGCCCCAUUUUUUAACAGACAAAGCUGAAUGUAAUGUGAGAGCUGAGGUCAGUAUAAACUAUUCGUUUACAAAUAACCUUCUCUGUAGUUAAUGGCACACACAGUCAUCCACCAUUGCUUGAUCAUUAUUAUUUGUACAUAUUCAGUUACUUAAACAUCUUAAUGUAAGAUUAAUUAUAAUUUUAAUAAAUUUUGGUGUUUACUUUGUGGUCUAGUACAGGUUUUCUUAGCUCAUAAAUCUGGUUUGCCUUGGCUUGUGAAAAUGGAAUGAAUGGUGAAUCAGUAGAAGGUAGGAAGUGGAUCGGGGCUGCAAAGAUUGACUAGUGGGUUUGAGACCGUGAAGGUAAGAUGUUAGAAGACCUACUGUGUCUAGUUAUUUCUUACUUUAGAUGUAUAUGGUCAGGUGUGGGAUAGCUGUUUUUGAUUUAAGUUUCCUCUAUCAGGAUUU